UCCCCCGCUGCCGCCAAAAAAAUUCCUCAGAUCCAAACCCUAGCGCCCGCCCGCCCGCCGAUCCCCAUGGCGGCCGCCGGCGCCGGCUCCAGCGAGGUCGCCGCCGCGCGGGUGCUGCUCCAGCGCUACCAGCCGUUCGCGCCGCCGCCGGGGGAGUACCACCAGUUCGGCGCCGGCGGCGGCGGCGGAGCAGGAGGGGGAGGGGAUAUGACGGAGGCCGUGCUCGUCAGGACGCCAUUGAAGCGGAAACAUGACAGAGAAGAGAAUGAAGCUGCUGAAUCAAAUGACUGGAUGAUGAGCCCUGGAUAUGCCAAUGCAGCAGGCAGUCCAGUUCCAACACCGCUUUCAGGAAAAGGUUCAAAAGCUUUUGCCAAAUCAAAAGCAGCAAAAGGCCAGAAAUCUUGUCCUCAGACCCCUUUGUGCGCUAGUUCUCCAGGCAAUCCGGCCACUCCUGUUGGUGGCUGUCGCUAUGAUAGCUCCCUAGGGCUACUGACCAAAAAGUUCCUAAAUUUGCUAAAGGGUGCACCUGGUGGUAUAGUUGAUUUGAAUAAUGCCGCAGAGACACUAGAAGUACAAAAGAGGCGUAUAUAUGACAUCACUAAUGUCCUUGAAGGGAUAGGACUGAUAGAAAAGAAGCUCAAGAACAAUAUCCGUUGGAAAGGGAUUGAUGAUUCUCGACCAGGAGAAGUUAGUGAUGAUAUGUCCAUCUUACGGGCUGAUAUUGAAGCCCUCUCACUGCAGGAGCACAGUUUAGAUCAACAGAUAAGUGAAAUGCGAGAUAAGUUAAGAGGGCUCACAGAAGAUGAAAAUAAUCAAAAGUGGCUUUAUGUCACAGAAGAUGACAUCAAGUCUUUGCCCUGCUUCCAGAAUCAGACACUGAUUGCAAUCAAAGCACCUCAUGGUACAACUUUGGAGGUCCCAGAUCCUGAUGAAGUGAAUGACUAUCCACAGAGGAGAUAUAGGAUUGUUUUAAGGAGUACGAUGGGUCCAAUAGAUGUCUACCUAGUUAGCCAAUUUGAGGAGAUGAGCGGCAUGGAGACUCCUCCAAGGACUGUGCAGACAGUCAGCAUGGAUUCUCUAGAGAAUCCUAUGACACCAUUGGCUGCAGAAUCCAACAAAGCUGCAGAGACAGAACCAAAUAUUCAAGAUGGGCUGCUAAUGCCUUCUGAUGCUCCUUCUAGUUCACAGGAUAUUGGUGGGAUGAUGAAGAUAGUUCCUUCAGAACUUGAUACUGAUGCAGACUAUUGGCUCUUAUCGGAUACCGGGGUUAGCAUUACUGACAUGUGGAAGACAGCACCAGAGGUGGAGUGGGAAGGAAUCGAAAAAUUCAACGCGGAGGACUUCCUGGAGGUUAGCACGCCCCGGCAGCAGGAUAAACCAUCGUCUGACAUUAUGGAUGGAGACUCCUGUGUAAGCUAAAAACCUGGAAGCAUGGUGGAAGUACCAUCCAGAUGAGUACCUGGGAAUUGCCUUUUUCAUGGCACGGGCUACCAGUGACAGCGCGAAAACUGUAGAACAAAGGUUCAGGGAAAUGGCUGUGAUGUACAGAUUGCAACCUAGCAGCAAUUCAGCAGUUUCCUGGAUGAAGAAGGCAUCCCAGCUUCCUGAUCAUUCAGGUCUGGACAUGGCAAGCUGAACGAAUCUUAAAGCUGCAUUUGUGGUUCCAGUGAGUUGUACGUUGUAUGAUCACAACGUAAGGAGUGUACAACUAGGUAUAAGUCAUGUAUAAAGUGCUAAGAGCUCCGGGAGUAAAAUUAUUCAGGAAGCACUGUAAAACUUGAAGCUGACUGUUGUACUAAAAAUUUUCGUAUUUUGAAUGGUAUUUAUCGGCCUUCACAUCACACCAUCACUGGUUUGCAUGACAUGUCUGUCUUCAGUGUCUUGUUGGAUCAGCC